GCGCACAGGGUACGGGCUUGUUCCACAGCGAAAGUGAAAGUGUGGAAAGCGUGUUUAUUCACCCUCGAGAACUCGUCUUCACGUCUUUUUGUCUUUGUUUUCUUCUUUUCUGCGUCUUUUUACCCUUCUUCAGUCAGUUGCUAGCGUGUCGAGAGCGAGAACGUUUCUGUCUCUGUGGUCUUGGUGUCUACUCAGUCGACUUCCGUCCGAGAGUUCUCUGCUCCUUCCUUUCGUUCCCACACGCUUCCAACCCACAAAAGAAUGGCCGGCUCGCCAACGACCCCUCCGCCUCUGCCAAAGACGAUGCAGGCGCCGCCGUCUUCUGUGGCCGCGGACGCGAUAGUCAGCACAUACUCGCUCGCGCCGACAACCCGCACCACCGUCGUCUCAACCACGACAACAACAACUACCACGACCACCUUCCCGCCUCUGAUACUCAACCAACCGCGUCACCACCGGCUCUCGUCCACCAGAUCCGGCAAGGAGGCCGCAAGCGACGACAGUGCAGCUGGAUCCAGCUCGCGCGCGUUGAUCUACCCGCUCGCGGAUCAGCCGACGCCGACCGUGCUUCGCAGCUUUCUUUUCGAACUUGACGGACGCAAGUCGCGUUUCGUCGAGUCCACCGAUCCACAGCAGUCUCUUGAAAUCCUACAACAACAAUUUGAAACCUCCUCUUCGUCAUCAUCUGCUGGCGUCGCACCCACCCCAGGCCGAACAAUCAGAACCACUACAACCACAGUCAACACCUCAACCCCGCGGAUAUCAGACGAAGCACAUGCCAUCCGCAAGCGCGCUCUUUCACCCAGUGCUCGGCAAGAGUCGAAACCCACAACGAAAGCCACCGACGAAGCUGCCAAAGAGAGCACGGCCGAUUCAGCUGCAGCCUCCAAAUCGCACGAACACGAAAGUAAACGACGGAUGACUGCAAAGGAUAGGGCGGAUUUCACCCGCGGUGUUUUUCGACAGGCCGAUACCCUAUCCGAGUCUGACGCGGUAGCGCUGACGCCAGCAUCGACAUCUUCUACCGCCGCCGAGCCAACAAAGAAGCAAUCAUCUCUCCAAUUCGGUCUCGGUCUGUCAACACCGCUAUCUGCAUCCGGCAGUACUGCCAUUGCCGCACGCGAUGGACAGGGCCUGUCGAUAGAUGUGCAGGCUGCUCAGACUGCAAACGAGAUAAAUCCGCUGUCGCUUCCUUCUCCUUCACUAUCACCAGUCACCGGUUCGUUACGUAAGCACCGUGGUGAUGACGACUAUUUCGCUUCGAAUCCGCACACGGUCGAGACUCAGGAGACGAUCCCGGAAGAGGUCUCGCCUAGUCAGUCUGUGAUGAUGACGAUUCCGGCGAUGGUGGACUCGUUCGACGCGUUGCCGGAGAACGUGAAGGAUUAUGUGAUGUAUCAGUUUCUGCGGCGGUGUUCAAAGAAGACGCUGUCGACAGUGGUUUCGACUGUCCUGCCGGCUCUGCGAUGCGACUUUAUUGCGUUGCUUCCGCAGGAAUUGGUGGCGAACGUGCUGCAGUAUCUGGACGCGAAGACGCUCUGUGUUGCGGCGCAGGUGUCAAAGACGUGGAAGAACGCCGUCGACGGGUCGCGGUAUACCUGGCGCAAGCUGUUGGAGGCCGAAGGGAUCCACACGGGCGAGAGCGAGAUGAAGCGCGCGAUUCGGGAAGGCUGGUGUAUGGAGGGAUGGAGCAAGCUGCCGGCGGACGAUGUUGCUUCCCCGGAGGAGGAGGAAGAGGAAGACGAGCAUCUUGAAGGCCAGGUGAGAGAGAUAAUCGAUGGAGGAGAUAGUGAGACGAUGAUGCUUGCGUCGGUUGCAAAGGCGGCAGCUACAAACACUAGGAGCGAGUUUGAAAGUCUUUUGCCGUAUCCGAAUAUGUUUAAGGCGAUCUAUCGGCAUCAUUACUUGGUGAAUCGGAAUUGGAUGUCACCAAACUCUACUCCGCGCCAUCUUUCUCUGCCCGGACAUGGCCGGAACGUGGCUACGUAUGUGGUUACGUGUCUGCAGUUUGAUUCGGAGAAGAUCAUCACGGGCUCGAAUGAUCUUUGUAUCAAUGUGUAUGAUACAAAGACAGGCCAGCUACGCACACGUCUCGAAGGUCACGAAGGCGGAGUCUGGGCUAUGCAGUAUGUUGGAAAUACUCUUGUCUCUGGCUCGACCGACCGUACGGUGCGCGUGUGGGAUAUCAAGCGCGGGGUGUGUACGCACAUUUUCUACGGCCAUACUUCGACGGUUCGAUGUCUGGAGAUCAUGCAGCCCGUGAUGACGGGGUACACGUCUGACGGUAAACCGAUCAUGUCACCGGAGGAGCCGCUGAUUGUGACUGGCUCGCGCGAUUCCUCGCUUCGAAUCUGGAAAUUACCAAAGGUAGGAAUCGACGACGAGUACCUGCCGUCGUCGACGAAUCCAGAGUACGACGCCGAUCCGUUCUUCUUGCGCGCGCUGGUUGGUCAUUCGCACUCUGUUCGAGCGAUCUCGGGGUACGGAGAUAUGCUUGUUUCCGGAUCGUAUGAUACGUUUGUGCGGGUGUGGAAGAUCUCGACAGGGGAAUGCUUGUUUAGACUUGCGGGACACGGCGCGAAAGUGUACUCUGUUGUGAUUGAUAAGAAGCGCAAGCGGUGUAUAUCCGGGUCGAUGGACUGGCUGGUCAAGAUCUGGAGUCUCGAGACUGGAGAGUGUCUUUAUACCCUUGACGGACACACUUCGUUGGUCGGUCUUCUUGAUCUUAACAAUACCGCGCUCGUGUCAGCGGCCGCCGACUCAACCCUGCGGGUAUGGGAACCCGAGACCGGAACGUCGGUGCACAAGCUCGAAGGACAUACGGGUGCAAUCACGUGUUUCCAGCAUGACGAGCAUAAGGUGAUUUCAGGCAGUGACGGCACGCUCAAGAUUUGGAAUAUCAAGACGGGAAAGGUUGUCAAGGACUUGCUGUCUGAUCUGAGUCGGGUAUGGCAGGUGCGGUUUGAUGAGCGGCGGUGUGUUGCAGCCGUGCAGCGCGGGCAGGAGACUUUUAUCGAGGUGUUGGAUUUCGAUUACGAUCCGAAUGCGGUCGAUGAUUCUUCGCGGUUCGAGGUUGUAUCGGCGUCGAGCACAAGGGUGCCGACUGCUACAUCUGCAGCAGCUUGAUAUCAGUGAGGGAUAGAGUGAAGACGUGAAAAAAUUCCUUGUAAAAUAGUCUUGUGUUUGCUGAAUUCAUAUUCAUAUUGUUUUCUGUGUAUUUUUUACUCUUGGUAGUAUGCUUUAUAGCUGCGACGGGCGCAUUAAUUGCAUUGAUUAUAGUGAUAGUUUACUAAUGAACGAGGGA